CUUGUACCUGAACACACCCUCCGUGCGCUUCACUCUGCACAUUCUUCCCAGAAUCAAAGAGCAGAGGCACAGCGCAAACACAUCUCAGUUCAGUCCUCAGAAAUGGCCGAAAAAGAAGCAUCAUCUAUUGGUAAUGGACAGUCGCCGGCGGCUGAGUCACCCCAGGGGGGUCUUACAGCGCCGCCUGCAGGCAGCCACGGUGUACUGCAGGACACACUGAGCUUCACUACACUGGACUCGGACGCCCAGAGGGUGGUUCAGCCUUUCCCGCGCUCUCCAAAACUACAGAGGAAGAUCGCCAAAGCUGCACAGCCCUCCCAGGAGCAGCUGUCUAGACGCGUGGAGGACCUGCAGGCGGAGAGGACCAGGACCGAGGCUCGCAUCCAGUCUCUGAAGAAACGCAAGGCCGACCUCUCGAGGAGCACCGAGGCCAUGAAGCAGCAGGUGCGAGAGCACUUCGACAACAUGCGCUGCGUCCUGAAGCAGGACGAGAAGGCCGUGCAAGACUCCCUGGACCUGGACCUGAGACAGACCCGGACCAGACUGGACCAGGUGGUGAAGAAGUGGAAGCAGCACCAGGACCAGGUGACUCAGGGCAUCGCCAGCAUCCAGAGAGCGCUGGCCCACAACGCCGCCGGGCCACAGGAAGACGCCAAGGUCAAGGGUCCGUCUGAACACCUGAGCGCUAAGAAGCCCGAUGCCUCUGAGAAGGAAAUCCGACUGAAUGAGGAGAGAUUUCAAAGGCUCCUAAAAACGUUAUCCUCCGUCACCAGACACCUGAAGGCUCAGCUGCAGAGGAAGACCCUUCUGUUAGAUUCCUCCCCGGUGGUGAUUGACAGGCAGACUUGCCACAGCCAGAUCACAGUGUCCUCGGAGGGGCGGGGCAUGUCCUUCUCAGGCCCUGGCCGCUCAGCUCCGGAGCACCCCCUCCAGUUUGAUAAAGUGUGCUGCGCCGUGGGCUCGGCUCCCGUCUCAGCCGGGCAGAGCUACUGGGAGGUCGAUGUCCGCUGCUGCUCCGCCUGGGCCGUGGGCGCCGCCUACGGCGGCCUGGAGAGGAAGGGCCGGGACCAGGGCGCCAAACUGGGUCGGAACAGGAACUCCUGGUGCGUGGAGCUUCGCGACAGCCAUCUCUCCGCUUGGCACAACAACCGAAGUGUAGCGUGCCGGGGCGUCGGGCAAACGGUGCCGGGAAAGGUCGGAGUGUGGCUUAAUUACGACAAGGGCCAGCUGAUGUUUUACGACGCGGACACCAUGGUUCUGCUGCAGAGCUUCACAGCGGCGGUGACGCCGGUGUUCGACCGAGCUCACCACCAGUUCACGGAGCCUCUGUACCCCGCCGUAUGCUUCCUGAGACCAGCAGAGAGCCAGAUGUGGCCCAACCACCUGCAGCUCUGUGAUACUGCAGGCUCGUUCUAAAUGUCUGGCCACAUAUGGCAUUACAUCAGAGCAGCUGUUAAUUGACCAUUUUAAACAAUAAAA